AUGCAAACUCUUGAAGUCAUGCCAAGAAUUGUCGUUAUCGUUGUUAUGGCGAUCGCCAUAGUGAGAUUCGGUGAGGCUGUGCAAACUUUCGAUAUUACUCCCCAGAGCGAAAUCACAGGCUAUGUCACAGGUGCUGUUAUAUUACAGUGUGCAUCUAGCGACAGAACAGGAACGGUGUUGUGGAUACGGGAUGGUCAAGUGGUUAGCCAAAACACCCUGGUAACAUGGAAUCCGAACAGGUGCUUUAUUUCUGGAGAUCAAAGCCAGGGAGAGUUUUUCCUUACGAUUACUGACCUAGUGGAAUCAGAUGCAGGAACUUUUUAUUGCAUUCUUAGCGGAGAUGGUGGCGACGCAGCCAUUGCUUCUCCUCCAUCUCUAGUUACAGUGUUACCAGAUCCUCCCCAAAUCUUCACAAUUGAACCGAGUGACACAACCGUCGUAGAGGGCGAAACUACAAUUUUUCAGUGCGCUGUGGAAAAUAAAAAGGGGACAAUAUAUUGGUCACAGGGCGCGGCCCUCAUCAGCAUUGACAUGCUUAUACAGGACAAGUUUGCUGACAGGUUUUCACUCAUCGGUGACCAUGCAAAUGGGGAGUAUUUUUUACAGAUAAACAACACACAAAUCAGCGAUGAUGCUGGGUAUAGAUGCUUCGUUAGCAACUCAGACGGUAGUGCCACCCUCAUGUCUGACCUGGCACAGUUAAUAGUAAUACCAGAAAUUCAAUAG